CAUGCUCGGCCGACAGACCGCUGGGGUCUCGAGUCGCUGCAAUCUGUUGCGCCGCCGCCCGCGGAAGCGGGUAGAUCCGGGUCUCGUGGUUAAUAGUGACGUGGUCAGUCGCACCAAAACAGAGGAGGGGAGGAAGCCAGAGGCCAAGAGCAGCACCCGCAGCGUCCGGAAACUCCAGGCGGUCUUGCUUCCGAGCCUGGGUCCCGGCCCACAUCCUCCCCGCCCCGUCGGUUGUUGUCUGGGCGGGAAAGGAGAAGUGAGAGAAGACACGGGUUUGAAUUCCAUCUCUGCUGUGUGACUUGGGGGGGAAAAACAAGAAGCCUACUUUAAAAGAAGGUUGUUGUUAUGAAAAGUUGAUAUUUUGGCCAUUGCUGGGUAGUUCAAUUGGUUGGAGCAUCAUUCCCAUAUACCAAGAUUGUGGGUUCAAUCCCCAAUCAGGCCCCUAAAAUAGUGAACCAAUGCAUGCAUAAAUUUAAACAGACAAGUUAAAUCAAGCUGGGUAAUCAUGGCAGAAGGUGGAUUCGAUCCCUGUGAAUGUGUUUGCUCUCACGAGCAUGCGAUGAGAAGGCUGAUCAAUCUGUUGAGGCAGUCCCAGUCCUACUGCACAGACACAGAAUGUCUUCAGGAAUUACCAGGACCCUCUGGUGAUAAUGGCAUCAGUAUUACCAUGAUCUUGAUGGCUUGGAUGGUUGUUGCAGUGAUCUUGUUUCUACUGAGACCUCCUAAUCUGAGAGGAUCCAAUCUAUCUGGAAAGCCAGCCAGUCCUCAUAAUGGACAAGAUCCACCAGCCCCUCCUGUGGACUAAUUUUGUGACACGGGAAGUGAAAAUAGUUAACACCUUGCACGACCAAAUGAACGAAGAUGACCAGAGUACUCUUAACCCCAUUAGAACUGUUCUUCCUUUUGCAUCUGCAAUAUAGGAUGAUACUGUUUUUGUGAGCUUCUAGAAUUUUCACUUGCAAGCUUAUUUUUUGCUUCCUGUUUUAUUACCAUUCCUAUCCACAGUAUAUUUGAGUUAAUGAUUGUGUUUUUAAAAGUUACAUGGUUUUUGGUUAUCCAAAACUCAAACAUUCCACUCAUCUUAUGUGUAACUGUGAUCACAAUUUUGGUGAUGAUUUCUGUCCUGAUUGAAGGAAUUUGUGAUCUCUGCAUUUAAAUAUUUUAAAUAGUUUUGAUAGGCUUUAAAGUUGAUUUUUUCGUAGGGUAUUUAUAAAGUCAUUUAGGGUUGUCUGAGAUUAUAUGGAAGAAAAUUAGAACCAUACUGUUUUUCUACUUACCUUGGCAGUUUAUUUGUGGGUGGCAGUUCUUGGGACUGUGGCAGCCUUUGGAAUAUUUUACAAGUUACACCUGAAAUCUCUAUCAUCCACUACAACUGGCUUAUAUGACUAGAAAAGGAGAAGAAAUGAAAUAAUUGUUUACUAAGUUUUUUUAUCCCCAUAAAAUGUCUAAUAGUAAGAAAACUUUAAAUAAAAAUGAUUUAAAUAUGGUGGAUGACUUAUAGUCCAUUAUAUGACAUUUAAAGCCACUGUAUACUAAAUAGUUUUAUAAGGUUCAUGAAAGGAGGAAAAUAGUUAAUUCAUUUUGCCUUUGCCAGGUAUAAUCUAUACAGUAAUAAUUUAAUCAGUAAUUUAUUUUUAAAAUGGGUGCCUCAGAAAGCUUUCUUUCUGUUUAAAUACUUCCCAUAUUUAAAUGUUAAAUGAAACUCUUAACUCUACCUGUACUGGGGGCCUGUUUGCUUACUGACAUUUGAAUGCUAUUUACUUACUUAUUUUUUUCUUUGAAGAAAAGUAUGAGUAUUUUUUUUAUCCUUUUGACUUUUAAAAAAUAUUUGAUGAAUUCUUGAUUUAUUCCAAAAGGAGGGAAAUGAGAAACAAUCAAGGAUCUUUUUCCUACCCUAUAUAUCUCAUUCUUUUUUGGUAAUAGGAUGGAUUGGGGUGGAGAGGAGCAUUAAUAUAGGUGAAAUUUUCAACUGUAUAGAAAGUAAAAUGUUGCAUUGUUUCGGUCAGUUUGAAAGAAAAUGAUUACAAAUGGCAUAAAAAUAGUCUACAUAACCUACGUGGUCUAGAUUUUUUUCCUAGCAAGUGAUUUUACAGAUAAUUUAUUAGGGCUAGAAGAUAUUUUGCUAUCAGUGUAAGGAUUUUCCCUCUAGACCUGUCUAGCUUUUCACUGUAUCGACCUGAGAAAUUACUUGUAUGAAUUGAAUAAACUUCUCUAUGUCAUUUUACUGUUUAAUGGAGUCUCUGAUACAGUUGUGUGAUGCUCUUAAGAUAUUUUCCCCCUUUAUUUUAAUUAUAUUCUGGAUCAUAAACCUUGUAAGGAUUUAAUUUCAUUAUAUAAUCCAGUAUUGACUGCUUGCAUUUUCCCUGUGCACCUUGGCUUUCUGCUCAACUUCUUGAAAAAAUAUAACCUAUUCUUAAUUACUUGUGCUAAUCAGGGUAUUAUAACACAGGUAAGUCAAAUCCUGGAUAAAUAAGUACCAUGGAAUUAAGGUUUUUCCUCUUGCUGUGGCCUACUGGAAGCCUUCCCAGCUCUAUAGGUUUUAAAGUAUUUAAAGCAGAAAGGGCCAGAAUGACAUAAGAUGGAGCUAAAUGCCUAUAAACAUUCCUAUUUCUGCCCUUGCCCCCCAGAACUUGGAGAGCUUCCACAUAUAUCCGAAAGCCUGUUCUCUAAACUGCUAGAAAGACAAUAUCUGGUAGAGAUCCUGAUGUCUACCAGAUAUCGCUCACAAAUACGGCUCACAAAUAAUUGAGACCUGGCUUUGGUAGAAGACUUGGCUGUGACAAGGAAACAAUAUCUAGUGUUAGAAAGAGAACUGGAAAUCUGGAUUCUUAUUCCUGGUUCCUCAAUUUUGUCACAUACAUUUAAUUGACAUUACAUCUGGAAUACUAACCUUUUCCUAUAUGGAUCAUCUGUUUAGUAACAAAAGUUUUUAGUGGAGUAUUUAAUCUCUGUUUUUUUUGCUUGUAAAGUUUCUCUGUAACCCUGAAAAGAAUAGUGUACGACUGCAUAUAAAAUAUUCCUGUUAACCUAACUAGUAAUUUAUAUUCUUUUUAAUUCCCUAAGCUUCUACACUUGGCCUUUUUAUUGAGCACAUUCUUAUUCAUCACUCGGCUUGUAAACAUUAACCCAAACUAUGGCUACAAUUAAAUUUAAAUAAUCUGGAAAAAAAAAGAAAGAUAAAUCUUCACACUUCAAUUACUGUGGGUUCUUAAGCAUUCCACAAAUGCCAUUAAGAAUUUAUUUUGUUUUAGAGUCAUUUAAUGUUAUUUUACACAAAAUAAUGGUUUGUUUUUGUUUUUGUUUUGCUUUCCAUAUGGAAAAAGUUAACAUUGGAACUGUGUAUAAUAAAAGAUUUUAUCUUGUAUCUAUCCAAGCCCUAUCCCAUGAUCAGCAAGUCAUAUUUUAAACAACUUGCAGAGAUUUUCUGAAGUAACUAUUAAGUUCAGCUGUUCCAUAGUUACUUUAGUGUCUGUGAUAUGAUAGUGUCUAUGGAAUUACCAAAUUCUUAAUUUUCAAAGGAACCUUGGAAAUUUAUCUCUCUGAAUGAAAGUCUGUCACUCCAAAUGAACAUGUGCUCAAAUUUGACCAGCUCAGCCUAAGACACAGAACAACAACUUGAAGGAGAAAUGGAAGUUUACAGUUAGUGGGUUAAAUUUUUGUUGUUCAAGUAAUAGGUUUAGUUUUAACAUUAUAGUAUUAAAUGAAAAAAUCAUAUGUAUUUGUUACCAUGUCUGAUUACUUUGUUAAAAGGAAAAGUGGUCAUGUGCUAUACUAAAUGUUAAUUGCUGAUUUUAAAUGUUUAAUCAUGCCAAACAAAUCAUGUCUGUGCCAUCCAGGGUUUAUUGUAAUCUUUUACUGAGUACUUGGAUUGGGAUAAAGGGCUUGUACUAUGCACUUUUUAUUAAUGAAUAAAUAGAAAAUGUUAGUAACAUUCAAUGUUUUUUGUUUGGCUUUUCUGGGAAGAGAACCAAGUAUCCUGCUUAGUAAAAUGUUAACAUCCUUUAUUAAGCAAUUUCUUUCUAAGAUUUUUACCCCUCACUAAAGAUUUUCCUAAGACAGAACUUUUAAGUUAGAAGAAAAAUAUUUAUAUGAUAGUAGUAUGGGGUCUUACAAUUAACCCAGCAAGUACAAUUUUGUGGUUACAACAUAUAGAACAGAUGUAAAUCUAUUACCAGAGCCUACACCCCCAGUAGUUAAGGGUUAAGAUUCUUUGCCUUCAUUUUUAUCGAACAACCUUAAAAACAACCUUUACUCUGUUUUGUCUCACAUUGCACCUGUCAACAUCUUCCUUUCCCAGUUUCACUAGCAACAGCCUGUUGGAAGCUGAUGUCUCAAAGCUUCAAGCAUGAAUUUGUUAGCCAAUGCUAAAUCAGAAAAUACAAGGCUUAAGAAAAUCUUUUACUAAGUAAAGUAAUAUUGAAAAUUAUAGACUUGGGGUAGUGAACACCCAAUAUAUUAUACAGAUGAUGUAUUAUAGAAUUGUAUCCCUGAAACCUAUAUAAUUUUAUUAAUGAAUGUCACCCUAAUAAAUUCAGUUAAAAAAAAGAAAGAAAAUCCGUUUCUCUAUUGAAGAAUGGAUUAGGCUCAUAAUUUUCUCCCUCCACAAGAUCUAAGCUACUUUUUCACUGUCAGAAUAUUUUAGGAACUUAGCCACACAGGUGUAAACUGGCAACAGUUAAGGUUGAAUUCCUUGUGACCCUUCAUAUUAAUAAUUUUUUAUGCUAAUCUAUGAAAGCAUCAAAAAUAUUCAAAGGGUGUUUUUGUUGAAGAAACAUAGCUGAUAAUUUUAAAAACCACUUACUCAGUGCGCUGGCUGGUGUUGCUCAGUGUACUGAACGCUGGCCUGCAAACUAAUUUGAUUCCCAGUCAAGGCACAUACCUGGGUUGUGGGACAGGUCCCCAAGUGGGGACGUGUGAGAAGCAACCAAUCCAUGUGAUCUCUCACACAUCAAUAUUUUUCUCCCUCCCUUCCCCCCACAAUGAUCUAUAAAUAAAAUCUUUUUUUUAAAAAAUCACUUGCUCUGUAAUUUUCAUCCAGUUCUCAAACUUAUGUUUUCAUUUUAACGAUCUUCUUGUGUGCUAAAUGAAAAUAGUAUUGCCAAUAGGUUUUAGCCUUGGGGGAAAGAUGUGAAGGUACCUUUGUGUGAUCCCUGCUUAAUGUUAAGGUAAGCCAUUCAUUCAGAUUUAUAGCUAUUCUCAUAACUAAAAAUAUAUGCCAGAGGCUAUCGCAUAUCAUGUUAGCUUAUAGUGAUUCUCAAACACUCUGGUUUGGAA